AUGCUCGAGCUGCAAGAAAGUGGACCAUCCUUGUGCUUACGAAGCAACUUGGGCACCAGAACUUCAAGUGAAUCUCUUAAUUUUCAAACGGCGGAUAAACAAAAACUCUUGAAGGCAAUCAAACCGGAAGAGCCCAAUGACGGCUUGCCCGGAGAUAUGCUUGCAGACAUUCUGCUGUCGUUUAGUCAAUCGACUGAAGAGAUGAUUCUACUACCGAAAAGAAAGUAUGAUCAGCUCACAUACGCUAAAGAACACGAUGCCACAAUUGACGACUUUCAGGCAGUGAUAGCACCCAUCACAGUUGGAAACCUGGGCCACCAAGCAUUCAAUGCUAAUGUUGGACUUGUUCAAACACCACUUCAUGAUGGCCUGACACCAGGUAAUAUCUUCUAUGAGACCCAGGGUGCUCAACAGGUGAGAUUCGAGCCACAUGUUACGAAGUUGGUAAAGAAUGAUUUCCUUGGAGUGAAUCCUUUUCAGGAAUAUGGCGAACUCAUCACUUCACUGUUCAUGAUGAUGCGAUCAGAAAAGGGAGCACCGUUCUACGAGUAUUCAGGGGCCAUGAGACCAGAGACAGGCAACAGACCAAGUUUAGCAAGUAAUGAUAUCUAUCAAGGAAGAAACCAAGUUAAGACCUCACAGCUUAAAUCUCCAGCCCAAGGCAGUAUUGGGAAUCUGCCAUAUUUGAUUGGUACAAAUUUGUACUCUCAAGAAUCAGACACGAUAAAUUUUUAUGAAGGUUACUCUUCUGUUCAUUAUAAGGACCAUUUGAGAAGACUCAAUUUUGGACCUUUCGCUUGGUCAUCACUCAUGAAGAGAGAUGUUGGUUUAAGAACGGUAUGGGACUACGUUGUAUCUAAAAAGGAAAAGAUUCUGAACAGAGGUCACUCUGCUGCUUUGAUGUUUGCUCAACCAACUGGUGAGGUCUCGGACGAAAAUACUGAGACAUUAUUUUCCAUUGGUAAGGAUAGUGAUCAGCUGGAACAACAAUUCCAGAGGCGUGCAUUACAAACUGAUGGAGUGGAUGAUAUGAUGCCCUACAAAACGAUUAUUCAAGCUCGACAAAACGCCCACAAACAGAAGGCAUUGCUCAACAAGCACGCCUUGCCUUUGGGCCUCACUGUUUACGAUGGUCGUUUGGACCGUGAACUCCAAUUGAUUGAAAAGAUCGAGGUUGUCUUACCCAAGAAAAGGGUUUUGUGGAAAUUGAUACACAGGUUCUUUCAGUCAAUGUAUACUUACAUGCCAUUUAUUGACGAGGAUUACUUCAGGCAAGAUCUUGAGCGAAUCAUUGGGCCGCAAUCAUUCGAAGAUGUUUCGAUCGCCCACAUCAAAAUAGAGAAAAAACUUGAUUUGGCUACUGUGGGUAUCUUACUUAUAAUAUUAAGAUUAGCAUACCUAUCCUUGUUUUCAAACAACAGUUCACUCAACGAGUUCAUACUCAAUAAUGCUCAUCCGAACAAGGAAAAUAUGCUCGUCCAGUAUUUGAUGAAAAAUCCCAUCAACAUCAAUACCAUUGAUGUCGCCAGUCUUUGUCUUGAUCAAUUUCAGGUUUUGAGAAGGAGCAACUUUACUGUUCUUCAAUUAGCAUUAUUUUUAAGACUUUAUCAUACAUAUGCUCCUGAGGAUGGGGACGGAGCUGAUGGGGGUGAUUCACAAGUUCUCAAUUCUGUCCUUAUACAAUCUGCGUUUUCACUUGGCAUGAAUCGUGAACCUGAUGAGCAGUACACCGAUCCGAAAAUGAAUCAUUUGAUUAGAAAAAUCUGGAUCUUUUUGGUGGCGUCGGACCUUCAUCUAAGCUAUUCAUUUGGAAAUCCGAUUACCAUUGGUGAUAUGCACUAUGAUAUAAAUCCCCCAGCUUGUGACCCGGGCAGUGAAAAUCUCCGUGACAAAGCCAAGGACUGGGCUAGCACAAAUCGAUUGAACUGGUGCCUAAAACUCAGUCCGAAAUUGCGAAACAUUCUUCAGUGUGCCCUUAACAUCAAAGGCAGGACAGCAUUACCUAAACUUUGCGAAGAUAUCUCAGAGUUCGAGCUAAACUUGCACAGUGAUAUUGGCUCCAUUAAUGACUUUAUUGUAUGCACAGGGAUGGAUGAGCUAGAAGUUGCCAACAGAAACAUGAAAGUCAAAGUUUAUCUUGCUCUCAAGUCAUUCUUGAUUUCGAUAUUUUUUCAUCUUUAUCUUCAUUAUGAGGAACAUGAUCUCGAUGUGUCGUUCUUCUAUUUGAAAAAGAAACCCACGAAUGUCGAGGUUGUCAUGGACUGUGACUUUGAUGAUCUCAUGAGCGACAAAGAGAUCGUAUCAUUGAGUAACCAGAUCACAAGGUGCUACUCAGCCAUGAGGCAUUCAACUCACGAGGUCCCUCUUACAAUCACUUCUUUCAACAAACGUUUGAGAGAACGUUUUGAGAAUACGCUACCAGAUCAUUCGAAAUGGAAGAACAUCAAGUUCGAGGGGGAUGCGUCCUUAAGUGAUUUUAUUUCAAAAAAAGGCUAUGAACCUUCAAAAGUCACAUACCUUACAGCAGAUACAGAGAAUGAGCUAGAGGAGUUGACGGUUGGCGAAACUUACAUUAUUGGUGGUAUCGUAGAUAAAAAUCGCCACAAGAGGCUUUGCUUAGACAAGGCAAAAGAGCUUGGUCUCAAAGUUGCCAGACUACCCAUCGGAAAGUUCAUCAAGAUGAACGGAAGACAAGUUUUGGCUACAUCGCAUGUUUAUGAGAUCAUGUGCAUGUGGUUUGAGCAACAGAAGGACUGGGAAAAGGCUUUCAAUUCUGUUCUCCCUCCUCGAAAACUUCACAAUCAGAAUGAAGCGACGAUAGAAGCCGAUAGCGACGCUCAAGGCGCAUAG